GGAACAUAGCCGUUGGUGAAUGGGUUUUACAUUGGAGCAAGCCCUAGAAAAUUCAAUUAGCGCGCAGACAACAAACCUUCAAACAAAUGUAUAUAAAUUCAUCAAUUCUCAUAAAGAACCCCCAUCAAUCUCUCUCUCUAAGUUUCUCAAGCAACAACAACGUGCAAGCGAUUUCAUCUCGUGAUUUUAUAUAUAUAAUUUUUUACGCAAUUAUAACUGUUUCAUUUGAAUUUGUUUGCAUAUAAUCUGAUUUUUCUUUUGCAGGUUUUGUUACUUUUGUUGGUUUUUUUUUUUUUUUUGGUUGUGAUGGAUGCAGGAUCGUAUUCUGGUGGCUUAUCGAAUAAGAAGCAACCUCGUUGCCCACUUCAGGAACAAUUUCUUCAGAGGAAGAAUGCUCGUGAUAAUUUGGAUAGGUUUAUUCCAAAUCGAUCGGCGAUCGAUUUUGACUAUGCUCAUUACAUGCUGACAGAGGGACGGAAAGGUAAGGAAAAUCCAGUUGUCAAUUCUCCCUCCAGUGAGGCAUACAGGAAGCACCUUGCGGAGACUUUCAACAUGAACAGGACUCGCAUUCUGGCGUUCAAGAACAAGCCACCCACUCCUGUUGAGGCCAUUCCGAAUGAGUUUGCCUCUGUUCAACAAGCUAAAGCUGCAAAACCCCGUCGAUACAUACCUCAGACCCCUGAGAGGACAUUAGAUGCUCCAGAUAUCUUGGAUGAUUACUACUUGAACUUAUUAGACUGGGGCAGCAGCAAUGUUCUUUCCAUUGCUCUUGGUGGCACCGUUUAUCUGUGGGAUGCAUCUGAUGGUGCUACUUCAGAGCUGGUCACUGUUGAUGAACAUAAUGGACCUGUUACAAGCGUUAAGUGGGCUCCUGACGGUCAACACAUUGCUGUUGGUCUUAACAAUUCUGAAGUUCAGCUUUGGGAUACUACAGCAAAUCAAAUGUUGAGAUCUUUGAAAGGCGGUCACCGAUCCCGAGUUGGUGCUCUGGAUUGGAACAACCACAUUUUGACAACGGGGGGAAUGGAUGGUAGAAUCGUAAACAACGAUGUUAGAAUAAGACAUCCCAUUAUCGACACUUAUCAAGCACAUCAUCAAGAAGUCUGUGGUCUAAAAUGGUCAGCCUCUGGCCAGCAAUUAGCUAGUGGUGGAAAUGACAACCUCCUCCACAUAUGGGACAGAUCGGCUUCUUCUUCCAACUCUACAACACAGUGGCUUCACAGGCUGGAAGAUCACACAGCUGCUGUGAAAGCCCUUGCUUGGUGCCCUUUCCAGGGCAACUUAUUGGCCUCUGGUGGUGGUGGAAGUGACAGGUGCAUAAAGUUCUGGAAUACCCACACUGGUGCUUGCUUGAACUCGAUUGAUACAGAAUCUCAAGUUUGUUCCCUGCUGUGGAACAAGAACGAACGUGAGCUGCUAAGUUCUCAUGGUUUCACUCAGAACCAGCUCACCCUUUGGAAAUACCCUUCUAUGGUAAAGGUAGCUGAGCUUACUGGCCACACAUCCAGAGUACUUUUUAUGGCCCAGAGUCCAGAUGGUUGCACAGUUGCAUCUGCAGCUGGAGAUGAAACUCUUAGAUUCUGGAAUGUAUUUGGGACUCCUGAAGUAGCAAAAACUGCACCAAAGGCAAAUCCUGAACCAUUCGCUCACCUGAACCGUGGUGGUAUUCGCUGAAUGACACAUACUGGAACAAAGGACUGCUGACUGAAGAAGACAACUGGAAUGUAUUCAGUUCUGAUUCCAGUUUCUUGUACAUACUGGAACAGUAGACUGCGUGCUGAAGAAUCAAUUGUAAAUUCAGUACUAAUUUCAUUAACUGUAUUGGAAUCCGGGACCAGCAACUGGCUGUAUGUAGAAGAUAUUCUUUUUUACUUUGUUUAAUAUUCUGAUUUUAUAUAAGUGGCUGCACACCAAUAGUGACAACACGCUAGUCUAGAGAUAAUUUCCUUGUACAGUUUUCUGAUGAUGAUGUAUUUCUCAAUACAUAAAUAUGAUUCAGUAUUUCUCAAUACAAAAACGUAACUUUGUUUAA